CAUGGUACAAUCCGCCCUAACUUAUGGGGUUAUUCUAUUAUACUUCUUUGUUAUCAUCGAAUUCAAUUCUAAGCGUAGCUCUAUGAUUGAACAUAUAUAAUAUCAUCCAAACUGUAUGGGUGUCACAUAUCUCAAUCACUCUUUAACAAAUUCUCCAAUUCCCUUCUUUCUAAUUACUUUCAUAUUCGUAUUAACUUCAUAAAUAAACUCAUGGCUUCUUUCAUUUCAACUUUCCCAAUCCCAUUAGCCACUCUGCCCUGCAAUGCAAUGCCCAGACGCACAACUUCCCGACAUAACAACUUAUUCUCUACCGCUGGAGGUCCAGUGUUUAGUGGGUUAAGACUUGUUCAGAGGAUCGACACCACAGAGGCAGCAGAAAGAUUGUCAUUUACACUCCCUAGUUGCUACAAGACUAGUAGAAUCUCAUGCUUAUCCAUUGCUGAACAAGAGACUCUGAAAACUGUCCAGACCACAAUUGCCAAGCAACUUUCCAUUGAUGAAAGCACGGUCACACCCACAACCAAAUUUGCUGACUUGGGGGCUGAUUCCCUUGACACUGUUGAAAUCAUGAUGGCUUUGGAGGAGAAAUUUGGUGUGUCAAUUGGCGAAGAAGGAGCUGAGAAUAUCUCAACCGUUCAAGAUGCGGCUGAUCUAAUUGAGAAAGUUAAAGCAGCUGCUAAUUAAGCAAAAUAUAUAAUUGCUUCCAGAUUAAUAUUACGUUACGAAUCAAGCCACCAAGAGUUUACCAAAUUAAGGGAUUUUUUUUUAUUUUUUUUAAAUCCAUGUUUAAUUUCUUUUUCUCAUACCCCUAAGAGAUUGUUUCUGUACUCAUGAAGUACUCCACAAAUAGAUGAUCCUGAAUUCUAUAAAUUUUCCUUUGAAAUGUAGAAUCACAAAUAAGCUAUAAGAAUUUAUUUUUUUUUGGUCCUGCAAUCUUCUCAAAAUAAAAGAAGAUAAAAGUUAUAACUAAAGUUAAUUCAAAUGGAGUUAUGGCUUCAGUCUGCAUUAAUUAUCGAUCCAUUUUGUGGUAGAAAUUGUGAAAUUGGUAAUAAAACAUUGGUACUUGAUUAAAUAUAUGUGCCCGUUUAUGAAACAUUUUUUUAAUUAAUUUUUUUCCCCUUAAGCCUUGAGUUUAGGAGUUUAUGAAUUAUUUGUAUUUCAAGUUCUAUUUAUAGUACUUCUCAAGACCUAAUUACAAUCCUUAAUAGAAUGGGACAGAAACAGAAACAUAUAUAAAAUUGAAAAUUAUUUCAAUCUGUCAGUAAAAUUUUCCACAUUUUAACCAAGCCUUUUUUUUUAAAAAAAAAAUUAAUGCCAGUACAAAUGAAUAUAAUAAUAGUCUAUAUUUAGUCUUUAAAAAUACAUUUAAACCAAAAAAAUAAAAAUAAAAAAUGCCAAACCAGCUAGGAAAAAAUAAAAAUAAAAAAGGAGUAAAUGUGAGGGUCCAAAGGAACAAAGCAAGAUAAGUUUUAAAGCUCCUAACGAGUUUCAUUGGAAGAGGACUCAGAGAACACAAUCCAUACGUACAAGAACAACCCAAAGAAAAACAAAAACCAAUAUAUAUGUACAAAAUAUCGGGAGAAAAAGUUUUAAAAAAAACAAAAAAAAAAACACAAAA